AAAAGAAGACAACGAAGAACAAGAAGAAAGAGAAAUUCACAAGUCGAGUUGUUUUUCUCUAAUAGAAAUAGAAACACAGCAAAUAUAUGCAAACAAACUCCAUUUUUAGUAAUCUUUAUCAUUAUUUAUAUGGUAGACGAUUAAUUAGAUUUGGUACAGCCACUACCCAACCGUGAAAAACGACGAAGACUUCUUCAGCAACUCAACUCUCUUCCCGCAUUUCUCGCCAUCCAAACACCUCUCUCUCUCUCUCUCUCUCCGAAUAACAUUACACAAAACAGAGACAGCAUUUUCCAAAGACGAUGAUGGUCUGAUCACAGCAACACAUCACAAACAUUCCCUGGAACCGACCCAGAAUUCUCAACUCCCAAGAGGGGGAGGUGGAGAAAUGGGAACCACUGACGGCGGAGACGUCAGCUGCUGCGACGGCCGUGAAGAGAGGAUUUUGGUAUCGGUUCGGUUGAGGCCUUUGAACGAAAAGGAGAUUGCGAGGAAUGAUGUGUCUGAUUGGGAAUGCGUCAAUCAAAACACCAUUAUUUUCAAGAACAACAAUCUUCCAGUGCCCGAGCGAUCCAUGUACCCCACUGCCUAUACAUUUGACAGAGUAUUUAGGACUGAUUGCUCCACAAAGCAGGUGUACGAGGAAGGAGCCAAGGAAGUAGCUCUUUCAGUUAUCGGCGGUAUUAACUCUACUGUUUUUGCAUAUGGACAAACAAGCAGUGGAAAGACAUACACUAUGACAGGAAUUACCAAGUGUACCGUAGCAGAUAUUUAUAAAUAUAUAGAAAAGCAUAAUGAAAGACAAUUUCAUUUAAAGUUCUCUGCUAUGGAGAUUUACAAUGAAUCUGUCAGGGACCUCCUCAGCACAGAUAGUACUCCACUUAGGCUUCUUGAUGAUCCAGAGAGAGGGACAGUCAUUGAGAAACUGACAGAGGAGCCUCUCAAGGAUUGGAAUCAUGUAAUGGAGCUUCUUUCCUUCUGCGCAGCUCAAAGACAGAUAGGGGAGACUGCCCUGAAUGAAACAAGUUCUAGAUCUCAUCAAAUCAUCCGACUGACAAUUGAAAGUUCUGCUCGGGAGUUUUUAAGCAAGGACAGCUCAAGCACCCUUGCAGCUUCUGUGAAUUUUGUUGAUCUUGCGGGUAGUGAGCGUGCAUCUCAGUCAUUAUCAGCUGGCACGAGGCUAAAGGAAGGUUGCCACAUAAAUCGCAGUUUACUGACCCUGGGAACCGUUAUCCGCAAGCUAAGCAAAGGAAGAAAUGGACAUAUUCCUUUCAGAGAUUCUAAGCUAACCCGCAUAUUGCAAUCCUCGUUAGGAGGCAAUGCUAGAACUGCAAUCAUCUGUACCAUGAGCCCUGCUAGAAGUCUUGUUGAGCAAUCAAGAAAUACACUCUUGUUUGCUUGUUGUGCUAAAGAAGUGACAACUAGCGCUCAAGUUAACAUAGUCAUGUCAGACAAAGCACUAGUAAAGCAUCUACACAGAGAGUUGGCUAGAUUGGAGAGUGAACUGAGAAGUUCAGGAUCCACUUUGGUCAGCUCACAUCAUGCUGCCUUACUGCAAGAGAAGGACCUUCGGAUUGAAGAGCUGGAAAAGGAGAUAAUAGAUCUGACUCUGCAACGAGACGUUGCCCAAUCUCAGGUUCAGGAUUUGCUACGAUUGGUUGGGGAUGAAGAUUCAAUGGUAGGUUUGAAUAACUACCCUCACUUGCGAGUUCAGAAAUCACCAGAUUCUGGAAAUGCAACAUCAAAAGCAUCCCCUUCAUCAUAUCCUCACUCCUUGGAUGUUGGUGUCAGAGCAUUUGACAGAUCUCUGUGUUCUUAUGGACGUGUGAGUAGUUUUGUUGAUCACUACAUACAAAUUCCCAACUUUGAAGAAAACUUUCAGCAGAAUGAUGCUUCUCCACACCUAUUGGUCACUACUGCUAACUUUGUUAGAAGCAAUUCCGCAAAUAGUUGGGACGAGAUUGAGGAACAAACUAACGGAACUUCAGAGGAUUUAUGCAAGGACGUUCGAUGCAUUGAGACGGUAAGUACAGACCAAAAUUCAGAAUCCUAUAGAUCAUCCCUUGAAGAAAAUACCAGAAUCUCAGAAUUGAUGAUGGAUGAGAAUGGAGACAGAAUGGAUCAGGAAGACAGAACAGAUCAGGAAUUUGUGUCACAGCCAAACGAGGAAGAUAGAGGGUUAAGUUACAUCCCUCCUUUCGUUGCUCCUUCUCCUGAAAUAACAUCUCCGUGGCCAUUAAGAAAGUAUACAUGUAGCUCUCAAAGCUUGCAGUUAACUAGAAGUAGUAGUUGUAAAGAAAGUUUAAUGACUAGACCAUAUUCACCAUUGUUUGAGAAGGUAGAAAAUAAUGAGAACACACCACCAAAUGGGUUUGAGAGAGUCUUCACCCAAAGACCUGAAGGUAUUCGUAGUAAGCUUUCUGAAUUAAACCGUGGUGCUGAUGUUGAGAGGUUAUUGAGAAAAGGUUCAGAAUCUUCUGUCGGGAGUGCUGCUGCUAUUGAACUUGAAGCACAGGACACACUGCCAAAUGGGUUUGAGAGAGAUUUCAAUAAAAGACCUGAAGGUAUCAAUAGAAAGCUUUCUGAAUUAAUUUAUGGUGUCGAUGCUGAAAUGUUUUUGAGAGAAGAUUCUCAAUCUUUUGAUGAGAGUGAUGCUGCUAUUGAUCUCAAAGCAGAAUCACAGGACAAAAUUUCAACUGAUGAGAAUAUUACUAGCAUCAAUGCAAGCAUCACAGAAAUUGAGGAAAAGGCUGAACUUCAGCACGAGGAGCAAGUUGCUGAUAGCCUGGUGCAUGAGGCUGAACCGAAAGCCAUGGAAUCUAUAAAAAGUGUGAAAGAUGUUGGUUUGGAUCCAAUAGAAGAUUAUUCAAUUUCAAAGAGUCCUUCAAACUGGCCCUUAGAAUUCAAGAGGCUACAAAGAGAAAUUAUUGAACUUUGGCAUGCUUGCUAUGUGUCAUUGGUGCACAGAACCCACUUCUUCCUUCUAUUCAAAGGUGACCUGACAGACUCCAUUUACAUGGAAGUCGAGCUCAGGAGGCUAUCCUUCCUUAAGGAUGCGUUUUCUCAAGAAAGUAAGACUGUCGAAGAGGGUCAGAUUCUCUCUCCUGCUUCAAGCAUGAAGGCUCUCCGGCGUGAGAGGGAGAUGCUGUGCAAGCAAAUGCAGAAGAAAAUCCCAGAAAGAGACAGAGAGUGCCUCUACCUUAAGUGGGGUAUCAAGAUCAAUUCAAAGAACAGGAGGUUACAGUUGGCAGAUCUCUUGUGGUCUAACACCAAGGACAUGGAUCACAUUGCUGAUAGCGCCUUUCUCAUAGCAAAGCUGGUUGGUAUUGUAGAGUCGGGCCAGACUCCCAAAGAAAUGUUCGGGAUUCAUUUUUUGCUUGGCCCCCCUAGGAAAAGCUCUUAUAGUCUCAAAAGUAGUGUGAUUUCUCUUUUGUAAGCUUCUUGCAUAUCGCCAAAGACACUCGUUAUGUGAAGACUAUUGCUCUCUACCUCUUGCAAAUAUAGGUUUUGAUUUGCUUUUACUGAUUUUCAUUUGGUGUUUUUUUUUUUAAUUGAUUGAGGUUUGUAAAAAUUUGUUGACUCUGGAAAUGGUGUAUAUGUAAUAUUUCCUUUCUCCUGUUUUUUGUUAGGAGGCUUUCGAAAAGAUGUGAUUAGGCUUGAAAGCUCAUAAAAUGUACAAAAGAUCUAUUGACUGGCCACUGUUAUUUGUUAUCAUUUUUGAAA